AUGAAUCCUGCUUGUUCUCCGAGUCACAAGAAUGAGAAAGAUGCAGUCGACACGGACUCAGAUUCGGCUCCUAGUUUAAGUCCAAGUGCAGGCUUGGUGAAUGAUAGCAGCUCAAUGCUCAUUGACUCUUCUUUCCCUACUAUUCCGGUGACCAGUCUCUCUCCUGUCCCUCAAAGCCCAGUCGCUCUAGACACGGAACUCCAUCAUAAAGAAACAAUUGCCCUAUUUAAGGACUCAAGCGACACUCAAGUUAGUUGCCCAGACCAAUCAGCCCCAGCAAGCAAUGCAAACCUCUCAGCUUUACCUGUCUGCCCAUCGCCAUGUCUCUGCUCGUCAUCUUCCGUACCUCCUAUCACCUUAUCCUCGACACCAUCCUUGUCAUAUCCAGAUUCGGUUCUCCGAGCAAAAUGUAUCCUAGCUCAGGAUACUCACCAGCCAGACUCUUCUGGAAUAGCCGAUCAGAGGCCCCCUCAGCGUGUCAUUCUUAGUAUUCUUGACAUGCUCGAAAAGUCUGACGCUGCUAUGACUACGAAGACCGCAAAUGAGAAUGUUACAUCUGACUCAUCUUCACGUGGCCUCGCUUUUGCUGGAAUUGAAGAGAGCAGCAUGAGACGCAUGAUAAUGCCGCAUAACGAAGUGGAUUCGAACGGAUGUAAAGGAAAUAACUAUGCUGAAGAGGAAUUUAAGACCGACGAGGAGAACUCUGCAGAAGAAUUUGGUGUCAGAGCAGGCUUGCCUAAACGAACUAGAUUGGCCUGCUCGUGCAUAGUUGAGAAGGGGCCUGGGCAUAGAAUUGCAACCAGUAAGUCACGUCAUUUCCAAGCCUUCUACCGAGAACCGGAGGAUCAGGAUGAAAAAGAAAUCGGCGCCACCUCAUCAUGCCAACAUGAUUCAGUUUCCAAACUGAAGCAAGACCAAUGCCUU